UGCAAGUAGUGUACGUGUGUAUGUGAUGAUGUAUGGUUAAGACGUGGGCCAUCCUCUCCCCCUCGUGCCUCUCAUCCUCGUGCCAUCCUCUCCACCUCGUGCCGCUCCUCAGGCGGGGGGGGGUCCCGCUGGCCGCGGGAUCGGGCGACGAGAUCUAUGUAUAUCCACUGCUCUCUGGUCGGGCACUCCCUCCCGACCCGCCCAGGAAGGCCGCGCAUGCAUCGCUGCUGCAGCAGCGAUGCAUGCGCCGCGCCCUCCUGGGCCCAUCGUGGACCUGACCAGGGAGAGGUGGAUAUAUUAUAGAUUUCGUCGCCCUGGGGAGCGGCCCGCAUGGCCGACGAGGUCGAGUGGGAGAAUGGCGCAGCCGCCGUCGCCAAGGCCUUGCUCCCCCACUUCAGCAGCGACGGCGGCUUCUUCCCAUACCCCAAGUCCAUGAGCUGCAGCGGAGUUAACAGUACUAUCCUGGCCGAGGACAGACGGCACCGUCUUCUGAGGAGGGGCUUCGCGGCGCCUUCUCCUCCCCCUACUCGUCGAGCAGGGGGAUCGUCUGGGCCUCUCGGUCUUCCUCCUUCGCCGCCCGCUGCCGCGGCCCCUUGCCGGCCUGGCUGUCCUCUCUUGGAGGGAUUUCCGUCCCAAACGCAUCUGCCCCUUGCCUCCCCAUGUGAGCCCUGGCCUUCUCUCCUUCCACCUGUCCUCCUCUGCUCGGCGGCCUUCGCCGAAAGGGCACUUUGCCGACGUCCACCGGGGUCCACCGAGACGGGGACGGCCGAGCCCUAGGCGCCACGCGCAGCGCCACGAGCUGCGCGGCGCCACUCCGUAUGCGCACGGAGGUUUGAGUAGCACCUGGGGGCAGCCCGUCCUGCAACGCCCGCGCGGGCGCGAUGCGCCUGCUUUGCUCUCUGCCCCUCCCUCGGUGCGAUCGGCAAAUUUCAGAGGUCGGCGGCAGAUGAGCCUCCCACGGCAACCUCGAGCAAGGCUUUUCGUUGUGUCGUCCGUGCCACCCUCCCUCCGUGGGGAGAUGGGUGCGGGUCAGGAUUUCUCUGGCGUCUGGCGGCGCAAAAUUUCAGUCGUCGCUGGACUCCAGCUGUUCUGCAGCGCGCCUACCCCUAGCAGGCCGUCCGGAGGUCCGUGGCGCAUGCAAGCCACGGCCGAUGGGCGCGAGCCUUUUUGAGAGGGGCGAGCGCGGGUGCGAGGACUUCGGGCCGGCACCGGCUGCUUUUUGAACGGAUUUUUUUGUGUGUGGCGCGCCGAGGGGCGCGGCACAGCAACACAAACCGGAAGUGCUUCAAAGCUGCCACGCGCCAGGAAAACAUGCUGCCCUCUUAGGCACCCCAAGUGGG